GGAGGGAUUUAGCGAGGACUACACCCAAGCGCCUGUCCGAUCGCAGCGGCUCCUCUUCGUUGCUGAGACCAGAAGAAAGCCGGGACGUGACGGAGCCGGGGGGGUUUUACUUGCUGGAGGCCCAUUAGACCACCGAUAAAUUCCGCUUCCUCUCAGUGUCCUCGUCGCUCGAGAGACGUUUGUGACCCGACGCACCCGCUUCAUCCUAGAACUAAUUUCACCAACAUGUCCUGGCAAAGCUACGUGGACAACCUGAUGGCUGACGGCAGCUGUCAGGACGCGGCCAUUGUUGGGUACACAGACGCCAAAUACGUCUGGGCAUCGUUUGUCGGCGGUACAUUUGCCAACAUUACGCCUGAAGAAAUUGACGUGCUAAUAGGAAAGGACCGAGAGGCAUUCUUCACCAGUGGGAUGACCUUAGGUGUUAAAAAAUGCUCCGUAAUCAGAGACAGCCUCCACCUUGAUAGCGACUGGACAAUGGACAUCCGGACAAAGAGUCAAGGCGGAGAGCCAACAUACAACGUUUCUGUAGGCAAAGCCGGCAAAGUCUUGGUCUUGGUAAUGGGCAAAGAAGGGGUCCAUGGAGGCGGAUUGAAUAAGAAGGCAUACUCGAUGGCAAAAUACUUGAGGGAUUCAGGGUUUUAGUUUAGACGUAGCUUAUGUGGCAUAGUCGAGGGAGAUAGAGAAUAAAACGAGCAAAAAGACAAACAAAAAAAAUACAAAACUUUAAAAGAACAGACAAAAAACAAAUUACUGUCAAGUCCAUUUUCUCCCCCUGACCAAAAAAUCCCAGGAGCAUUUCUAGCGCAGCGCGGACUCUGUCCUCCACAGUGUAGCCCCACAUUUAGCGAGGUGGCAAUAAAUAAAUAAACGUAUUUUCCUUUCUAGCCCUGCAAUCUCCAUGUCUGUUCAUUUCUUGUUUUUUUUCCUUUUGUGUACUCCAGCAAUGGUUUUUGUCAUGGGGAAGGAAGGUGUCCAUGGAGGGCAGCUCAACAAGAAAGCUUUUCAGAUGGCUGAGUACCUGAGGAAGUCCGGAUACUAAAGCAGCCUGUACCCAGCCACCUAGCAGCUCACCCCAACCACCCUGUUGCAUUUCACACAACUUCCAGUCCUAGUUGGUAGUUACUCAUGUUUUUUCUUUCUUUUUUUUUCUUCUGCCUUCUCUCCUCCCCCAUUUGUUAUCCCUCUUUAUUUUUCAUUGUCCUCUACCCCUGACCUCCCCUCCCUUCUCCAACAACACUUGUGCUGUGUCCUCUACCCCCUUUAAAGCACUAUAUAAGUUGAUCCAUAGAUGAGCAUGUUCCUAACAGGUUGUCAUGACAAAUCUGUACUUAACCGAGACCAGCAAAAAAAAUAUUCUGGCCAAACACUCUGACAAUGAAAGCGUCAAAUUGAAGUAGUUAUUUUUCUUUUUCUCUCUUUUGUCACGGUGCCCAUAACUUAACCCCACCCUGAACCUGAUCAUUCACACUCCCUCCCUGAGCAGCCAACGCCAUUGGAGCACUUGAGCGGUAACCAAGCUCGUCAUGUCUUCCUUUUUACCCCACGCCACCACAUGUCCGGGAGGGGAGACUGCGUGCAUAUCUCGGUCCACCGUCGUCCCCCACCCCUCCACACUCCAGCCAAAAAUUCUCUUUCUCCCCCCAUGCCCUGUUUAUCCAUCUAAACAGGUGGCACAACAAACCUCACAGGAGACUCUUCUUCACCACUCCACUAUUCUCUAGCCUCCCUCUCUUCAGAUUCACCGCUCUGUCCUGAAUAUGUAGGGGUUUAUUUGGGGGGGAUUGUCCUCUCCUCCCAACAUCACAACCCCCCCAUACUACACAAAAACCCAUGGACAUUCCACAGUAACAACAGCUCAGGCACUUAAAUCUGUUUUUGUUUGCCAGCUCCUGUAAUAUAUUUUUUUUAAUUUGUUUUAUUUUGAAAGGCUGCCAUUUUUCGGACAGUAGAUAACCCAGCAUAUAACCACCUGGAGUAUGUCCAGUUUGAAUUUUCUUUUCUUUUUAUAGGACCAAGUGUAGUCGAAGCUCGGGUGUUUAUACAAUUGCUCUAAACCAUGUGAAGGAUGAACGCUAACUAUUUCUUUUUUUUUUUUUUUUCUGAUGAAGGAAACACUAAGCAGACAGUACUACAUUGUAAUGGUUAAACUCUGACGCUACAGGGGAGGUAAGGGUGGGAGUAUCUGAAGUAAAUUCUCAUGUUUUUUUCUUUCUCGAUUGUUCAGAAAACAAACUGCAUUUGUAUAAACCCACGCUGUGUUGACAACUACAAAACUGUGGAAUAAAUUGCCUUCUACGCUAUAGUCAACUGAGCUCUGGGGUAUCACACGGUCUGUCCUCGGUCAGUACUGCUAACUGUAAUGUCCAACUGAGAAAACCGCUCAAACGUAGACAUGACACUCAAUGGGAGAUGGGAUUGGUUGGAACAAAGACGCUCAUGGUUGUCUUGUCGAAAACUUAACUGCAGAUCCUGUGUAUCCUGUGCCAUAAUGUAAAGAGAUCUGUUGCUGUUGUAAGAUGGAUUUUACCCACUGUCCACUAAAGUCAUUUCAUUACUUUUUUUUUUGUCUAGCUUCAGCUCCACUGUUUAGGCCUUGUGGGAUAUAUGUACUCAUUAAAAAAAACCUGUUUCAAGCCCUGUUUGCUGAUUUAUGUUCAUUUCCUUUUUUUCCUCACCACUUUUUUUCUUUUCUUACAUCUGGGAUUCAGUCUCUUUAAUGCAUUUGAUUUCAUAUGCAUCAAACCAAGAAAUGCCAUAAAUUGAUUUAUCACCUUGUUUACAGAAAGAUCAAAUAAAUUUAUUCCAACCAGA